GGCUCCCAGCGGGCGCCGCCUUUGGACGCGACGUCGGGCCGACCGGACCAAUGAGCGGCGGCCGUUGAGGAAAGCAUGGGGUGUCAGCAUCUUUGGCAGCAGGAGCAUCAAGAUUGCCCCUAUGGCUUUAAGCUGCCCUUCGACGUCACCUGGCCUGAUGCAGCCAAAGCGCACAGCUACGGCCUCCCGGCGGACGAGUCCAGCGAGGUCUGGAUCUUCGUGAACGUUUUGUACAGCUACGUUCCUUUAACCGUCUUGGUGGUGCACAUGCUACGCUUGAUCGUGGUGCGCGGCAGUCGGGAGCUUUGCAUCGCCUCGGUGCUGAUCUUUACUUUUGUGCUGAACGAGCUCAUUUUAAAGCAGGUCUUUCGACAUCCGCGACCGGAAGAGUCGUGUUGCACGAGUUGCGGCAUGCCAUCCAGCCACUCCGCUUUUGCCCUGAGCUUGUGGGGAUUCCACGCUUACGAACUUCUUUGGCGAUUGCAGCUCAGGCCGUUCAGUUGGGUGGAUUGGGAGCAUCUCAGGGAGUCAGCGAAGGAGGCCCAGCGUGCGGCCAUGCGUUCCUGGGAUGAGUUGGAUGCUUUGCAGUGCCUUUUGCUGUGUGGUUUUUGGACAGUGCUGCUUGGGCCUGUGCCAUUCACCCGGGUGAUUUUGGGCGACCACUCCGUCGAACAGGUGAUGAUCGGCUCCAUAGUGGGCUUGUCCUCCAGCUUGACGGUUUGGAUGGCCGCCCGGGCGCUGCAAAAGAGCCACAACCAUCAGCUCGACGAAGAUUGGCGCCCCGCCCUUGCGUUCGGAGCGCCACGCCGGUCGAUGGACGAUGGUCGAGGGAGAUGGAGCGGCACCCGAUACACGUCGGACGUCGAGGUUUUUCGUUGAGCAUGCGCGGAGAGGUAGUUGGAUGGGCAGGGCUCUUUGGGGGGGGCGCUAGAAGUGUAGUUUCAUCAAAAGAAAUUGUGAGAGUCACUGGAAGUCACUAUGAAGAUCACUUUGACAAUCGAUGGAGUCGUAAUGAAGAUCCCUAUUUCAGCUCACUCUGAAAUCUCUGAAGGUGAUGGAAUCUGAGGAUUAAGCUCCGAGAUCGGGUACAUCGGUCUCGCCUCUUAGGUAGUAUAGAUACAUCGGUCACGUCUCUUCAUCGUAUUCAGGGUGGUUGAUUUCAGGGUCACAGUAUACCCUCCGACUCACUCACAUGGAAGUGG